AUGGCGAUGCUCAAGUUUAGAAAUGAAAGCGAUUCUGAAUUUCACUGCGAAAAGGUUGAGAAGAUAUUUUUCUUUGAUUGGAAGCAAAUCGAAAGUCCGGUGAGUUUACUUUUGAAAAUUUAUAUUGAGAUUGCUAUUUUCUUUUUUUUUUUUUACGUUUUUGAUGACCCAAUUAGAAUUUUUAUUUUCGGCUUUUCAGUUUCAGAAUUAGGCUUAGGCUUAGUAAACCCCCCGAAAAUACAAAGAAUCGUCAAAAAUCGAGAAAAAUUACAAUAAAAAAAUCGCAAAUAGAAAAAAAACACAUUUUUUCCUCCAAAAAUCAAAAAUAUCCGACUUAUGAAAAAAAAAUCACGGAUCGUUAUACAUAUUUUUUGGGACCCUUAAAAGAAAUUUCGGACCUUUAUAUUUCUGAGGGACCCUUAUAUUUCUAUGGGAUCCUUAUAUUGAGAUAGAGCCAUAAUUUUUCAAAAUUUAUUUUUUCGAGACUUUCAAACAUUGCCACGUCAUAUGUAGCUAAUAUUACUCACGGCACAAUUUUUCAUUUCAAAAUUCCGACCAAAACUUAUUUUUUUUGCAGUUUGAUAUUCUUCCAUUGGAAAUGAAAACAAUGAUUUUCAUAUAUUUGGAUCCGCAGGAUAUAACCCAAUUUGGGAAAUGCUCAAAAAGUUGUCAAAAAAUAUUCAAAUUAUUCCGACCAAAAAUCAGAGGAGUACUUUAUAAAGGAAAUCAAAUCAGCCGAUUGGAUCAUUCUCAAAAUUGUAUUAUGGAAAUCGAAUUUCAUAAACAUCCGGAGUACAGGUAUCAAAUAAAAAUUGAAACAUCGAAAACAAUCAAGUCGAAAGAAACUUGCUCGAACAAAUUAGUGAGAAAAAAUGCAAUGGAGAGAAUAUUUGUGGAAAAUAUGAAAUCGAAACAAUUAUCGACAAAAAAAACAAAAGGAUGCAUAUCCGUUAUCACACUAAAAAAGUUAGUUUUUUGUUUAUCUUAAUUUGUGAAAAUUAAAUCAUCGAUAAACUUUGAUCCAACAAUGAACUCGGUUCACUGGAAUCUGAAUUUUUCAUGAAAGGUUAUGACGUGACAAAUCAUAAGCACGUUUCCAAAAGUCAAUACUUCGCAUGGGGGGGGGAAUUGGCCUGACCUCAUGUCCUUGAUCAUGGCUUAAGCUUGUCCCAGGACAGGUAAAUAGCCAGGUUUUCACGUGGACCUGUCAUGGCUUAUGUUUUUACCACAAAAGCCAACAUGAGUCCAGGUUUCCCACCCCUGGCUGUUAGACUUUCGGAAUUCCAGUUUGAUUCCAGCGGCAUUCUUAUAUUUUCACUAUUUUCAGAAGAAAAUCAACAACACCAUCAACAUAUACUUUUAUGGAAAUGCUAUCACUGCGAGUAAAACUAAAAUGUCAUCGAAUGAUUGCUCUUGAAAUGUUGAAAAAUAUUAUUGAAUUCAACAAAUCAUCAAUUGAAGUAAUUGCAAUCAAUGCAAAUAUUAUUGUAAGUUUUUUCUAAAAAAAAAGGCAUACCAAACCAAUAUAAAACAGCGCAAAUGUAUCCAUGAUGGUGAAAACAUGGGGUGAAAAAAAAGUAAUCAAAAUCGAAAAAAUUAGAAAUUCAUAGUCAAUAUAUUAUAGCUAGAAGAGCGUCCAAAGACGAGCAAAAUUCUUUUUUGAUCAUCAAAAAAUACGAACUCUAAGCAAAGUUAUGACUGAUUUUCGAAAAAUUUCCGAUAUCUUCACCCUAUCACACCAAAAUGGUGAAACGAUAUUAUGAUCUCUUACCUGCGGAAGAAGCUCCCCACUCAUGGGGGUAACGCUUGAAAAAAAUCGGGCUGGUUCUGAGACUGUGAAUUUUUCUUUGUCCGGUUGAUUUUGCAUUCUUAUAAAAAGUGUUUUUAAAAAGCAGACUUUGAACCUGAAUAUCUUUAUUAAUUUCAGGAAUCAAGAUUCAUGAGAUCGAUCAAUAUUUAUUCGGAAAAUUUGAGAGUAUUGAUGAUCGAUGGACAUUUCAGAAAUCAUCCACAAUUGAAUCAAUUUCUCUCUAUUUAUCAUCUUAAUAUAAACAAUUUCAAACUCUGCGAGCAACAUUUUGCAAUGAUAAAAUCAAAGUAUCUUCAUAUGCACAAAACAGUUAUGGACAAAAGAUUAUAUGAACAAUUUUUGAAAAAUUGGAGAGAUGGAGAAUUGAGUGAUAAUUUGAGAGUAGUUUCGAUGAUUGGAGAUGCAUAUGGAUUCGCCUGUUUGUUUAUUGAUAAUACGAUUAGAUUUGUGACGGGAGAAAAUGGAGAAAUAUUGAAAAAGUGAGUUGAUAAACAAUUAUUUACAAAAGGCUUAUCAUUUUUAAAUUGUAAACGUCAAGUUUUUUAACUUGUUCAUAAAUAUUAGAAAUUAUUCAUAAUUUUCGAUUUAUCUUCUCUUUAAUUUCAAACUGUUUGAGAAUUUGGAAAAUAAGCUCUGCAAAAAAAUAAAGAGGACAAUUCCGAUUUUUUUAAUUCCCAAAAUUUCUGAAGUACUUGAGCCUUUUUCAAAAACGCCACAAGAUUCAAAAAAACCUUUAUAUUUUUGCAGCAGAAAUCAUGAAUCAAAAUGUGAAGUUGUUUGCCCACCAUCGGUUAAUUUCCGUAUCCAAGGAGAAUUGAUCGAUCAUGAUGAAUUGCCCGUUCGAUUUAAUCUCGUACGAGAGGAUUUUUAA